AUGGCGACCCUCUACAUCGGCAACAAGCGCUACUCCUCCUGGUCUAUGCGGCCCUGGGUCCUCAUGAAGGCCCUCAACAUACCCUUUGACGAGAAGAUCUUCUUCUUCGCGCCGACCAUCCGCCAGCCCGCCUUUGGCGCUUUCUCUCCGACCGGCAAGGUCCCAACCCUCGCCCUCGCCGACGGCACCGUCAUCUACGACUCGCUCGCCAUAGUCGAGUACCUCGCCGAGGACCACCCGGCCGCCUGGCCCCGCGACCGCGCCGCCCGCGCCUACGCCCGCUGUGCUGCUGCCGAGAUGCAUUCGGGCUUCCCCGCCCUGCGCAGCCAGUGCGGCAUGAACGUCGGCCUGCGCGUCGACGUCGGCGUCCCCGACGACGCCCUGCGCCGGGACCUCGACCGCAUCGACGCCCUGUGGACCGAGGGGCUCACGCGCUUCGGCGGGCCCUGGCUCGCCGGCGCCGACUUUACCGCCGUCGACGCCUUUUUCGCCCCCGUUGCGAGCCGCCUGCAGACCUACGGGCUGGCGCUGUCCGCCGACGCCGACGCCUACGCCCGCAGGCUUCCUGCGCACCCGGCUGUCGCCCAGUGGGUGGCCGAGGGUCUCGAGGAGACGGCGCGCUGUGAGAUGCACGAAGCCGAUGUCGUUCGCGACGGGCGCAAGAUUGUGGAGGACCUUUGCAAGUGA